GGAUUUUUCUUCCUCUUCGUGAAAGCCCACGGCCCUCCCUUCCUCUCGUCGUCUCCGAUUAGCCACUGUCUGCCGAUUGGAAAUCGUCCACCAACUCCUGGCCGUUGGAUUUUGUUUGUCGUGCACGCUGCCACUUGGCCCACAGUCACGCUACCCCCGAGGUUCGUUUCGCGCUGCUAUUUAAUCCAAAGUCGUAGUGCCAGAUCUUGCCACUCGGACCCACGAGUCCUCUGUCGAGCUAGUUGUCCAUCCUUUCUAUGCGUUGAUUGAGCCUCCGGUGUUCUGGUGAGCAUCGAAUCUCUGUUGCUUAUCGUUGCGUUGUCGCUGAAAGUUUGAUUCUUGAGUUUUGGGGUUUAAGUAUUAUAAUCGAGCUUUUGGAAGGAGUUAACUGCAGUCCAGCUGGCGAGAAGUGAAUACUAGGCGUUUUUGGCAUCAAAUGGGAUGUGAAUUUAGAAAACCGCUGAGUGCUGUCCAUCGAAGCUAAGGCUAUUUAAACAAGCCUUAGGACUGAGAGGUAUUGUUAAGAAGUCAUUGCGGUUUUCACGUCGCUUUAAGUCAAGCCAGGGAGAGCUUCUAAUCUUAGAGGAUCAAGCUAUUGACCAAUUAGAUUGAUCCCAUGGAUGUAGCAGAUGGCAGAAACUUUGUUGUGGGGGAUACUGUUCAUACAGAAGUGGAUGGCUUUAGGCAUCAAGUCGAUGAGAUUUUCCUGAAGGUUGACAGGCUUGAGCAAAAUGUGAAUGAGAUAGAACAAUUCUAUUUGACGCUGAAAAAGAAGCAACCAAAUGGUAAUAAAGGCAGCUCUAUUGUAAAGGAUAAAGAUAAGGAAAGACAUGUUCCAAGUAUUAAAAAGCAGCAGCAAGAAGCAGCUCGCAGAGAAGCUGCAGCUACAAAGAGAAUGCAAGAACUCAUGCGGCAGUUUGGGACAAUAUUGCGUCAGAUAUCACAGCAUAAGUGGGCCUGGCCUUUUAUGCAGCCAGUGGAUGUGGAAGGUCUUGGAUUACAUGAUUAUUAUGAGGUUAUUGACAAGCCUAUGGACUUCAGUACAAUAAAAAAUCAAAUGGAGGCUAAGGAUGGUACUGGAUAUAAGAAUGUGAGAGAAAUAUGUUCUGACGUGAGAUUAGUCUUCAAGAAUGCAAUGAAAUAUAAUGAUGAGAGAAGUGAUGUUCACGUGAUGGCCAAGACUUUGCUCGCAAAGUUUGAAGAAAAAUGGCUUCAACUUCUACCUAAAGUCACUGAAGAGGAAAAGAGACGAGAGGACGAGGAAGCAGAAGCUCUGUUGGACAUGCAGCUUGCUCAGGAGGCUGCUCAAGCAAAAAUGGCUAGGGAUAUAAGUAAUGAGAUUUACGAGGUAGAUAUGCAACUAGAAGAGCUUCGAGAACUGGUUGUGCAGAACUGCAGAAAAAUAUCAACUGAAGAAAAGAGGAAGCUUGGAGCAGCCCUCACCAAAUUGUCUCCAGAAGAUAUCAGCAAAGCGUUGGAGAUUGUAGCUGAAAAUAACCCAAGUUUCCAGGCUACUGCUGAGGAGGUGGAUCUUGAUAUCGAUGCACAGAGUGAAUCUACAUUAUGGCGGUUGAAGUUUUUUGUUAAAGAUGCCCUUGAAGUUCAUGCCAAGAGCUCGGCAAGCACAGGUGGUGGCAACAACCAAAACCAUACAAACAGCAAUAACAUCAACAGUAACAACAAAAGGAAAAAAGAGAUUUGUGAUGCUAUAGCCAGAACAGCUAAGAAAAAAUCUAAAAAAGCCUCUACUUGAGAUGCAAUUGAUGAUACCAAUUUUUCACCUCUGAAGCAGAUGCACUCCUGUUUAUUUUAUGCCUGCACAUACUUAGAUAUCGAAUCUUAGUCGCUUCUAGUUCGUUUGUUUCUGUAACAUGCAGCUAAAAUGGUAUUUUUGAAGUGAUAGGUGUAUAUGUGAAGCUCUCGUGUUGACCAAUGGUAACAAGCUAACCCUUAAUUGUUAUGUUCUUUCUCAUGUAAUUAUACUUUUACAGUAUGUUGAAAGGGAAAACUCGCUGUUGACUUCCAAAA